GAUCUUUUGAUGUAGCAACUACAUUGCGUCGCGUCGGAAUGUUUUUGGACGCAAAGCCGAGUGCCUGGCUUCAACCAAAUAAACCGUAUUCGAUUUUGUUUAAAUAAAUGUGCAAAAAAACCCAGCUUCUCUAUGUGAAAAGAACAAAAGCACCAGCUUUUUAAAAAUGUUACAAGAAAAUAAUUAGUAACAAGCCAGGCGCGAAACACUUUUUAUUGUAUCACAAACCAUUUGACCAAAAUAUGUCUGCUCCCAAAAUGCAAAUGCACCCCCCCACUAAGAUGGAAGAAGAUUCAGAUUCCCGUAAUGGUGCCUAUGUACCCAAAAUGGAACUGCUUAUGACCCAUUAUAUACACGAAAGCAAGAACGCUAUUAUGUACAGGUCGAGCGAGCCACAGUUCGCUGCGCGUCGUAAUAAAAAGACUCGUUUUGUAGGAAACCGCCGGCAACUAAGAAAUCUUUCUCAACCCGAGAAUAGCCAUAAAACCAGUCGAAGUCUCUGCCCUGAUACCGCUAAGAGUGAACCAAAAGUUUAUUCUUUGCGAUUUGUUUUGAACAAAAGUGAAGACAAGGAGUAUAGGUCAAUGCUCAAGGCGCAGGACGAUUUCUCACAAUCCUCUUGCCUUUGCCACAAUCUAAGCAAUGCCAACACAGAGGCUGGUGGUUAUCAAAAUGAUGGUAGCUUAACAGGCCAGUGUGACUAUUCGGAUUUUCUAACUACGGCUGGCGGAAUUCAAUCCCGAGCAGAUCGCAUCGCACGCAUUGAGACGUGCGGGAUAAGAACUCAUCUACAACCAGAGGCCCAAAUUCUUAAGCCGGUAACGGAACUUAACAAAACUCGCUUCGAUCAACAUUCGCCAGACUGGGUAUUUAAAAACUCAAGAAUUGGAGACGUCAGUAACAGCAGUAAAGUAAGCGCUUAUAACUCCGAGUCGCCUCCCGAAGAAUAUAAGGGGAGAACUCUAUACCAGGCAACAAAGUUAGAAUGUGCGUAUAAAAAAAAUCGUCGGCCGCUGAUAACCACUGAGCGCAAGAUGUCCACUGCAGAAGCAGAACGUCCCCAGACCAAUUAUACCGAUAUAAAGUGCGACUACAAAACUUGCUCAAUUUCCCAAGGCUUACAUCAGAACAAAGCAGUUCUUAAUAAAGUUCCUCCUAGCAAGCAGUGCAAACCUUUCCGCAGCGUAGAUUAUGAUUAUUACGAAAAUAUUAAAAAACUGCAUCUGAGCAAGGAAUCUGAACGACAAAUAAGGGACAAUGGGGACCCAAACGAUUUGCAGAACUUUUUGAAAAAGAAUUUAAUUAAGGCUACAACCAAUGAAUUGCUUAAAGCUGCCGCGCAAAGCACAAAGAAGUGUAACAUUGACUUAGAGCGCAAAUUAAAUGAUCUGAAUAUAAGAGAAGAGGAUCACAAUUUCAAUGACAGCGGAAACUCCUACAAGAACGAUCCCUAUCUAGUAUCUAUGAGCAAAAUGAAUUCUUGUAAAUUUAUGAGAUCAUAUAAUAGAGAUUGUGAAACUAUUUUUCCCACUGAUGACCACAGUGACCUAAAUGAAUUUAGAAAGUCUUUUAGGCCACAAUCCGUUGAUUUAUCAUCAAGCGCUUCUGUUUCGUUGUCUAGUUGCGAUGGGUCUUGCCUAAACAACGAUUCUAUGUGCGGUUCAGAAGAAGAUUGCUGCGAAUGUAAUGAAUACCAAUGUAUCGCAAGUCCGCCAAACGACCUUUCCAAGGAUUGCCUAAAUGCAGUUGAAGGUGUUUUUUGUAACACGGAGUAUGACGACUUUCAUGAAAACAUAACAUCUAGCUGUUGCUGCAGCGGGUCUUUGUGUAAUGAUGAUGAUGGUGGUUCAUACUUUGAUGAAGGUUUAAGCGUUGACAUAAAAUCCGAAAACGUACAAAGCCUACAUGAGAGCGGCGCAGAUGAAAAACUUACACGGAAAACAAUUCUUCUGGUAAAGACUGAGGAUAUAAAUGAUGUAACACAAGGAAUCAGCGAUGGCACCACUUAUUUCACUGGCUCUUUAAAUAUAGCGCAUCUUCCAAAAUCCAGUGAAAUAUUUAAGAGUCCGCAGGACCCAGAAAUGCAACGACACAGACGUGGUCAUGUUUUAAAGGAACUUUUUGAAACGGAGAAAAUCUACGUUAAUGAAAUAGCGUCAAUCUUAAAGGGCUACUAUGAUCGCUUGAGAUCGGAUGAAAGUGCUCCUGCCAGUCUGCAAGGUAAAGCAAAUGUGCUGUUCGGAAACCUUGAUGAGAUCUACUCAUUUCAUAAUGAUGUUUUUCUUAAGGAUCUUGAAAGCUGUAUAUCAGUCACUGAACGCGUUGCAUUAUGCUUUGUUAAAAGGCGUGACACAUUUUACCAAUUAUACUCAUUUUAUUGUCAAAAUAUACAACGCUCAGAGAAAUUACGUGAAACCUUAGUGGAUACUCAUAUGUUUUUCAAAGAAUGUCAAAUAGGUCUUGGUCAUAAGCUUCCUCUGGCUGCAUAUUUGCUUAAGCCAGUUCAAAGGAUUACAAAAUACCAACUUCUUUUAAAGGACUUGCUGCUCUUCACUGAUAACGAUAGCUGCAUAAAUGAACUUAAAAAGGCACUGGACUGUAUGUUAAUCGUUUUGAAGUGCGUAAACGAUUCGAUGCACCAGAUUUCAAUAACUGGGUUUUCGGGUGAUUUAGCGCAACAGGGUGAACUUUUGAUGCAAGACUCAUUCCAGGUAUGGAUAGAGUCUAAAAAGGACAUUCGUCUUCGAAUGAAGCCAAAACGGCGGCAUAUCUUUUUAUAUCAAAAGUCUUUGCUGCUUUGUAAGCAAACAUCAAAAUCGGGAUAUAACAAAAGCAGCUAUCAAUUUAAAAGCGAUGUUAAGAUGUCUCAAAUUGGCUUAACUGAGUCCGUGAGCGGCGAUGCAAAACGAUUUGAAGUAUGGCUCAAAGGGCGCCAGGAAGUUUAUACGUUGCAAGCAUCGACAAUCGGUGUAAAAGAGAUGUGGGUUGCCGAGAUUAAAAGGGUGCUAUUUAACCAACUCGAAAAGCUCAAAGGCGAUCAAAUAGCGAGGUACAACAUACGAAAUCAAAGUCUAUGGCAAAAAAGUUCUUGCGAAGCUUCCAACAUUACCCAUUGUUCAUUAGGGCGCAAGAAAUGCUGUGAAUUGCCUCCUAAUGAUUCCAAACGGAACACGAAUAUCAGAAGCGUGAAAACGUGCUUAUCAGAUCAAAAUAUUGUAAAUUGUAAUUGGAGCUCUGAUUGUUCCGACAUUGAUGAAGAUAAAACAAUUAACCCGAUACUAAUGCAGAAGACUGGACAACAGAAACUUUUAUGGAACCGAUCAAGUAGUCAUCAAGUCUUCAUUAAAAGCAAAUACAUCUUAAGUAGAAAGACUGUAAACAAUUAAAACUUUAAAGUAUCAA